AUAUAUGUAAAACUUAUUGUGGUAAAAAUUAUUCAUUUUUGGUGUCUUCGUGUAAGUAUUAAAUGAGUGUAUAGGAUAACCGCCCUCGUCACUUAAUAUGAUGCAUGCUAUGUAUUACUUGUUUUUACCAUUUCAUUUUUGAACGUGUAAAUACUUCAAUUACAGUAUACUACAAAUUCUUCCCUUUUCUUCUCUUUGUCGUGAUAUGUCAAAUCAAUAACUUGUCAAUUGUUAAUGUCACGUCAUUGUCAUUGGACUACCAAGGAACCGGAAACCUGAAAAAUACUUGAUCGUAACCCGCAAUUGUAGUUAUAUACUUAUAGCAUUGAGUAUAAAAAUAACUGGCAUAUGAAAUAUUGACAUAACUGAAACAUUAUAUACCCAAAAAUAAUUGACUUUUAUUUUAUUUAUUAAGUGGAAAUAUAGUUUUUAACACGUGUUGAACAAAAAUAAUAAUGUCGACGAAAAAUAAUGAUGAAAUUUAACCUGAAUAAAUUUACCUCAAGUGUAUUGUUUUCCAUGACCAUAGUAAAGUUGUAUAAAUUAGAACACUUUUAAAAUAACCUCAUUUUUACAAAGAGUACAGAGAAAUUAAUAUACAAAACAUGACUGGUCGACACAUUCUGCAAUUGUAUCAAAAAUUUCUUAACAAACAUCCAUAUUUAGUCCAAGCUAUUCAAACUGGAGCUCUAAUGGGUGCUGGCGAUUACAUAUCUCAAACAUUAGUAGAAAAGAAAUCUGUGAAAAAUGUUGAUCUUGUCAGAACCCUAAGGUUUUCUUCAAUAGGAUUUUUUGCUGGUGGUCCAGCAUUGCGAGCUUGGUAUGGGUUUUUAAAUAAAUAUAUAGGUUCACAAGGUAAAACUGUAGCACUAAAAAAAGUGUUUGUAGAUCAAGCUGUUUUUGCUCCAAGUUUUCUUUUUUUCAUCCUUGUCACUUUGGGUGUAAUGCAAGGAAAACCUUUAGAACUUAUAGAAAAAGAUAUCCAAUCUAAUUACUUAGAUAUACUAAAAACAAAUUAUUAUGUUUGGCCAUUUAUACAAAUUGUUAAUUUUUAUUAUAUUCCCUUGCAAUAUCAAGUUUUGAUUGUCCAGAGUGUAGCUCUGUUUUGGAAUACAUAUUUGGCAUGGAAAACAAAUAGAAAUGAAUUAACACAAUAAUAUGAAUGGUUUACGAAUUAGAAUUUUGGCAUAUUAUCUGAUAUACC